UACUGCGCAUGCGCAACCUCUCCAGGUCCCUUCGCGGAGGAAGAAGCCGGGCAAAAAAAAUGGCCCUCGAUAAUUUAAUCUUUGCACAAUGCAUACUUUAUUUUUUAUCCUUUGUGUUCGGUUUCAUAGCCGUGGUGCCUCUAUCCGAAAACACGGAGGAUUUCGGGGGGAAAUGUCUGCUUUUUACGCGCGGGAUGUGGCAGAAUGAGAACAUCACCGUGUCGAAGCAGAGGUUCAUCGUGGAGGAGUGGGGACCGCAGUCGUGCUGCAGCUUCAUCACUUUUGUCGGCAUAGCCUCCCUCGUCUUGUCGGCAGUGCAGGCCUGGAGGCUGCUCUUUCUCCUGUGCAAAGGACACGACGACUCCAUCUUCAACGCCUUUCUCAACCUGCUGAUCAGCUCCCUGGUGGUCUUCACUGUCUUCCUCUCAAGCACCAUGGUCAGUGUGGGCUUCAACCUAUGGUGCGACUCCGUCACCGAGGGAGGGACCAUGCCCAGCAGCUGCGAGGACCUGCAGGACACUGAUCUAGAGCUGGGCGUGAACAAUUCUGCUUUCUAUGACCAGUUUGCUAUUGCCCAGUUUGGCUUGUGGGCUGCAUGGCUCACCUGGCUGGGCAUUGCUGUGCUGGCUUUCCUCAAGGUCUACCACAACUACAGGCAAGAAGACCUACUGGACAGUCUGAUCCAUGAGAAAGACCUGCUGCUGGGUCGCUCUUCCUCCCGUCACGGUUCUGACCUCAAAACUGGCCUCAUCUAGAACGUUAAGGCUGCGCACAUACACACGCAUAUACUUCUUACCUGUCAUGAGGAGCACAUCGUUUGCUUCUGUAGACAAUCAACACCAACUGGGGUUUCCUCCUAAACACCAUUCCUGUAAUUGUUCAAUUACCCACGAAAGCUCUUUAAUGCCAACAACCCCGCAGCUGUUGAGAAGCCCCACAGUGUUAGCAGCUUGGACACAUUGCCUCAUUCUUUGUGAACCUUAUGCAUGACACCAGAUGCAUGGCAACCUGAUAAUAAGAUGCUGGUUUUAGAUAUGAAGGGAGCAUAUCAACAUCUUGUUUUAUACACCAAUAAAUGUAUUCUGAAGGUAAGAAUUUGCUUUAUCCUGCAUGCUGCAGUAUACCUUAUACAGCCCCAUGUGCUUUUGUGUCCUCGCACUAUAGAAAAAAAACAUUAACUGCAUUGUACUUCUGUACCCAGUCCCUAACAGCUUUUAGCAAUGGCUCUUCUAUCCCUAUGCACAGUAUGUGGUAAUAAAUAUGCAUACCAUAUGCCAUUAAAAAGCAGAAAAACAGCCUGCUUGCAUCAUCAGAGGUCAAGUCUCUUCCUGUUUGAGGACAGUUUUAUUCAAAACAAUUGGAAUUGCAGAAAAAGGCUCUUUGUACAAAAUGGCCCUAUGUGAAAUAAGUGUGUAAAUGACUGGUCUUUUAUACAAAGCAUUUUGAAUUGGUGACUUUAAAAAUCCUGGACAAGUCGCCACCUCAUCGCAGGGCCAACACAGAUAGACAGACAACAUUCACACUCACAUACCCUGCCUUCCGCCCGAUUGUAGCUGGGAUAGGCGCCAGCGCCCCCCGUGACCCCGAAAGGGAAUAAGCGGUAGAAAAUGGAAAAUGGACUUUAAAAAUCCUCGGUGUUCCAUUAGGUUCUUCAGUUGAAACCCAUUAAAUUAAGCACUCAUGGUACUGUGAUUACCGUGUGGUAUUGCUCAUAAUGAAGGGACCCUGUAUGUAUGAUGUUAUG